CCUGCCUCCUACCUCACUCUCACUCGCGCACGUCACCAUGAGUUGGACAGGAUUCAAGAAGGGUAUCUCCCGCGCAGGAACUUCACUACUACAGAAGACCGGCCAGAUCGAGCGCACGGUAGACAGGGAGUUCGCAGAUGAGGAGGUCAAAUACAAGACCUUCGAGAAGGAGUGCCAGACGCUGCAGAAGGCAGCCAAGGGCUACGCAGAUGCCAUGAAAGCCAUGACCGCAACACAAGGCCGCCUAGCCGACACCAUCGACGUCUUCUACAGCGCUGCGGACAAAGCAUCGGAGUCCGCCAUGGCGGCACACGCGUACAAACGAGCCGUCGACGACCUUGAUACUGGGGUUGCGCGCGAGCUGGAAGCGCCCUACCGCACGACCGUCAUGGAACCGCUGGGCAAGAUGAACGCGAUAUUCCCCGUGGUGAACGAGCAGAUAAACAAGCGCAACCACAAGCUCCUCGACUACGACUCCGCGCGCAGCAAGCUGAACAAGCUCAUCGCGAAGCCGAGCGACGAUCCCACAAAGCUCCCACGGGCCCAGGCCGAGCACGAUGAGGCGAAGGAGGUGUUCGACUUGUUGAACGAGCAGCUGAUCGCGGAGCUCCCACAACUGCUUGACCUGCGCAUCCCGUAUUUCGACCCCAGCUUCGAGGCCAUGAUCCGGAUGCAGUGCAAGUUCGCCGAAGAAGGUUAUGAGAAGCUCGGGGGCGUACAAAGAUACUUUGCGGACAAUGUUCGGGAUGACUACGCUGGUGGACAGCUGGAUGCGCAGGUGGAGAGCGUGCUGCAGGAGAUGAGGGAGUUGACCAUUUGCGGUGCCAGUUGAACGUGUUGUUGUCUGACUAUGUACGACCCCCGAGAUGUACCACUACCCCCCGCACACUUACCCUGUACUCCGGCCUGCAACCCCUCUCAACCGAACCUACGACCCGACC